AUGGCUGUCUGAAUCGGCAGCGGCUGGAAGAGACAGAGAGGCAGGGAGGGAGGGAGAAAGAACUGGAGGGAUUGCUGGCAUAGUGCAUGUUUUUAAAUGUGCAUCAGACCCGAUGAAGCCAAGGCUGGCAUUUUUCUGGGAUCCCGGGACUGGUUUAGCUGCAUUUUUGCUGGGAUUAAGAGAGGAAAGAAAUGGGAAAUUCACUGGGCUGUGUUAAGGAGCCGAAAGAGUCAAUAGCUAUUUCAGAGAAGGCUCCCAUAUCUCCUAAGAAAAGGGUUCGGCUCAAAAAGAAGUGGAAGGGGAAGAAAAUCCCUACUCUGCGGGCAUCUCACAAGAAAGAACCCUUGGACGGAGCUGGAGUCACUGAAGAGACUGAAACCCCAAGGAAGUUAACAGUGAGUCUCCAGCAGGAGGACCGAGUGGGAGGGGCGGAGCAUCCCCCCUCAGACAUUUUGCUGCCUGGGGACUCAGCCCAGAACUCACAGGUGGGUGACUGCGGAAUGAUUGUGCAGGUGAAAGAGAGAUUCCAAGGGGAGAUUCAGACUGCCCACCUUUUGUUAGAGAAUGAGGCAUCCGUUGCUGGAGAGGUCUGGGAUUCCCUGGAAGAGGGGAUGACUGUCAUUGCUCACCUGCUCGAUAACCCGGCAGAGAGGAACUGUGAGCGAUCAGUGAGCCAACUGGUGGAAUUUCCACGGACAGCGUCCUGCAGCAGUAGGGCCGUGCUGCUGCCUUUGCAAGGAGAAACUGCAGUGGCAAGGGGAGGUGUUCAGCUUGGAUUUCGGUGUAGCACUUCGCCUGGGAGAGACUACCCCAGUGACACAAGAAAUCAGGACCAACUUUCAGAAGGCUGGAGUAUCGGGGAAGGAACCAAUAGUUUUUUGAGAGCCCCUCAGACGGGUUCCCAGACUGCCCAAAGUUCUGUUCCUUCAUCGCUGCUGGGCCAGUCAGCAGGCUCUAGAUGCACAGAUACUGCCCAGGUGGGUCAAGUGACCCCUCUGGGCCCCAGAUUACCUCCUUCUCAGAGUGAUUUGUCCAUGACUGUGAGUGUUUUGCCCUCAUCCUCUGGCUAUGGCAGUGAUGGGCUGCACUUACAUGGGAUCCAGCCUAAAUGUGCAGAACCUGAGAAGAGCUCUACAUCCUUCUCAGAAGAGGAUGGCACUCUUUCUUUGGAGGUCAGCCACACGCCCUCGUGGGGUCUGGAGGAGGUAGGUGGGCAUGCUCAAAGCCAGUCUAACCACUACUUGGAUUCUUGGCCCUCCAGCCUAUUAAAAUGGAUUGUGGUAAGCAGUGAGAAUCCUGAAGCUCUUCAGAUCUCCCCACACCCCCCGGACCAUACUGACUGCUGAGGCUUGGCAAGCAGAAUCUAUUUCA